UGGGACAGACAAGCGACGAUAUCAAACACAGUGAAAACGGAACAAUGGCACUAGUAGUCUCCAACUGCUUCAAUUACAGAACCACCACCACCACUACGACGCCGUUAAAGUACCAUUCUUCUCAAUUUCUUGGACGUUCAUCAUCCCUUCAUCUUACAAGACGAAAUCAAACUUCAACUCAUGUUAAUUUGUCGAAAAUCAGUGCCAUCUUUUGGGGGCAAAAGAAACCUGCUGCACCACAACCACAUGAAAUGGAAGUAUCUCUUGGGACAUUUACACUGGCAGCCCCAGAAUCAGACUCACAGGGUGUGUCAAUGAAUGAGAUGAUGAGACCUCAGAAAUUAUCUCUUUCGGUGGUUUCUUCAAUUUCAGAGAUUCCAUUUGAAGAAUGGGAUGCAUGUGCAAUUGAAGCUACUGGUUCUGAUAAAAUGAAUCCAUUUCUUACACAUGGAUUUCUUUCUAGCUUAGAAGAAACUGGCUGCGCUGUCAAGGAAACAGGAUGGUCUCCUGUGCAUAUUGUUGCUCGAAACGAAUUCGAAGAAAUUUUAGGUGUUGUUCCUCUUUAUCUUAAAAGCAAUUCUUAUGGAGAAUUCGUAUUUGAUCAUUCUUGGGCAGAUGCCUACUACAGAUGUGGUGUACCAUAUUAUCCAAAACUACAGUCCUGUGUACCUUUUACUCCAGUUACUGGUCAGAGGAUAUUACUUCGUAACACAUGUUAUAAAGAUCAGGUUUUUGAGAAGUUAGUUGAGGCGUUGAAGGAUCUUACUGCUAAGUUCCAGGUCUCAUCUCUACAUAUUACCUUCCCAUCUGAAAAUGAGUGGCUCAAAAUGAAGGACCAUGGAUUUCUGCAGAGAGUUGGAUUGCAAUAUCACUGGAGAAAUCGUGAUUAUAAGAAUUUUGACGAGUUUCUUAUGGACAUGAAACAAAGUAAACGAAAAAAUGUUCGUCAAGAGCGCAAAAAGAUCUCUACACAAAAUUUGACAAUGAAACGCCUCCGGGGGCACGAAAUAAAGGCUAAGCAUUGGGAUUCCUUCUACCAUUUCUACAGGAGCACCACUGAUGACAAGUGGGGUAGAGCUUACCUAACUAGGGACUUCUUUCAUGUGAUGGGAGAGAAGAUGGGAGACCAGGUGUUGCUAGUUGUUGCUGAAGAUGGCGAUGAUCUUGUUGCAGGUGCUCUUAAUCUUAUUGGAGGGGAUACAAUAUAUGGGCGGUUAUGGGGCUGCCUUCCACAAGCCUAUUAUCCCAGUUUGCAUUUUGAAGCGUGUUAUUACCAGGCAAUUGAAGCUGCUAUUGAACUAAAUCUCAGCAAAGUAGAGGCAGGAGCUCAAGGAGAACAUAAAAUUCAGAGGGGUUAUCUACCUGUGACAACAUACAGCAGCCACUACAUUCUAGAUAAGGAAUUCCGGUCAGCCAUAGGGGACUUUGUGAGGAGAGAAGCAACUCAGGUUAAGACUGUUAUCAAAAUGCUGCAUGAUUCUGGUCCUUUCAAGGAGGAUGUUCUGAAAAGCCUUGAAGAAUGAGAAACCUCGAAGUUAGUAGACCUGUAAAAAUUAAUUGGUAGCCUUGAAUGAGUUCCCUUUAUUCUACUGUAAAUAUGUGUAAUUUCUCUGUUAUUCAAUGUAGACUAUAGAUUGUACCCAUUACCCAUUCUAAAAACAAAGUGUAGUAGUAAAUCCACUUUGUAAAUGAUUCUCAAUUAGGCUUCACUUAAUUAAAUUCUACAGGCAGUUUGACAGAA